AUUGAACCAGUGUGUGACGAGCAACGAGCAGUGAGCAGCGAGCGACUUUGACGCGUUUUACGUGCGAUUUAAAUCGCCAAAGUGACGUAAACCAUAUAUUUUGUGUGCACAAUUUUUAAAUAAAAUAUAUAUACCUGGAAUAUAUAUAUUUAAAUAAAUAAAUAUACGUGUUUGCCAUGCGUUUCUAUAUAACGCGACAGCCGCCUCCAACCCCCAGCGCCGGCCGCCUCCUGCUGCUCCUCACAACGGCUCUGCUUACGGUCAGCCUCUGGACACGCCCCGUGGAAUGCAAGCGUAUCACAGCCGCACCUGUCGUCGUUGCGGAUGAUGACGAAAUGAUCGAAUAUGCUCCACAAUUUGAACAUCCGGAAUACGCGUUUAGCUAUGGAGUGAAGGAUCUGAACACGGGCGAUGUGAAGUCCCAAUGGGAGUCCAGGGACGGGGAUGGGGUCAAGGGGCAUUAUAGCAUACUCGAGCCGGAUGGCUCCAUACGCACCGUGCACUACACGGCGGAUGCCAAAAAGGGCUUCAAUGCCAUCGUGAAGACUGUGGGCGCCAAUUCGCAUCCGAUAACGGAGUCGCCCGAGGGCGAAAGCGGCCCCAACGACGACUCAUCCCAGUCGAAGAUCAAUCACUACAGCAAGGAUCAGGAGCACAUUGUGCUGAGCUCCGACAUAAAGCCGCUGAAGAAGCCCAUCGAGGAUCUGACGCACUCGCAUCCAAAGAUUCCAAGCCUGAUUGAGUUCAAGCCGCAUGCGCGCAUCAAGCAGGUGCCCAUGGAACUGGAGCCGGACAUCAGGAAUCGGCUGCAGCAGGCGCGGGACAACUACUUUAAGGAGAUCGCGGCCGCGCACAAGCUGGAGGAGUUCUCGCAAAAGCUGCAGCCCAACUAUGCGGUGCAGGAGAGCGACUGGAAGGCCGUGAUUGUCAACGAGCCGCAGGAGUAUCGGCCGCACUACAGCACAAGCCAGCCGCAUCAGCAUGCCUACUACGAUCACUACCAGCCCAAGGAGCUGCCCCAGAACUAUCUGCACAAGCCGGCAGCUGCUCUGCAGCCGCUGCACACCAGCUACACACAGUCCAAGCCGCGACCCAUCAAGAACCCCGAGCCCAUCUCCAAUCACAUUCACCAGAAGAAGAUCGUGCACACCACGCCCGGCCUCAAGCACUACAAGUACAAGGCCGUGCCGAAGAGCUUCGCCCGUCCCGAAUACUCCAGCUACUUCCAGCGCAAGCCCAAGAAGCUGCACGGCAAGCCACUGGCGCACAUCCAACGGGCUCCACGUCCAGAAGGCUCCGGCCCUGUGCUCUUCCCACACCACGCGGAAGACGACGACUUCGAAGAGCUCUCGGACGAGGACGAACAGGGCGCCGCCUCGGCCAGCCUAGUGCAGUCCAUGGUGCGCCGGGACAAGCAGCACAUGGUGCCCAUGUAUGCCAGAGGUCAUCAGUUCAGCUAUAGAAAUCUGGAGGGCGUGUGAGGAAAGCGGGCAAUGCAAUAGUUGGGGUGAUUUUUUGUGAACUGUUUCCUUUAUGUUCGUUAACUUGAUAUUAUUAUUUAUGCGUAAUUUAUUGCUGUAUGUUUAGUUGACGUGUUUUAAAUAAAUUAAUUUUUCUAU